GCCCUCGGCCAGCCCCGCCCCGCCCCGUAAGAGGCCCCCCUAGACGCGAGGCGAAGGCGUACUGCGCUGCGCUGGGGCCCCGGGCCAGGACGCGAUGGCAGCUCAGCGGCUGGGCAAGCGGGUGCUGAGCAAGCUGCAGGCUCCGUCGCGGGCCCGAGGGCCGGGGGGCAGCCCCGGGGGGUUGCAAAAACGACACGCGCGUGUCACAGUCAAGUACGACCGGCGGGAGCUGCAGCGGCGGCUGGACGUGGAGAAGUGGAUCGACGGGCGCUUGGAGGAGCUGUACCGUGGCAGGGAGGCAGACAUGCCCGAUGAAGUCAACAUUGAUGAGUUGUUGGACUUAGAGAGUGAAGAGGACAGAUGCCAUAAAAUCCAGGAGCUCCUGAAAUCUUGCACCAACCCCACAGAGGACUUCAUCCAGGAGCUGCUGGUGAAGCUGCGAGGCCUCCACAAGCAACCAGGCCUCCGCCAGCCCAGCCCCUCCAGUGACCGCAGCCUGAGCCCCCUCCAGGACCGGGCCCGGACCUCGCUGCCUUGACCCUCUCUCACCUCUGUAGCCCCGCUGGCCCCCUCCCCCAGAGCCCCCUGGCCUGUUUAUAAGUAGUAUUUAAUGGUUCUGUAACAAUAACACCAAGUGCCUGUUU